GCUCGCUGCGCGGUGUCGCUCGGUGUCGCGUCCGUCGCGAUGUGGGUCCCGCUGCUGCUGCUGCUGCUGGCCGUCGGCGCGCCGGCCGACGCCAAGAAGAAGGAGGAGGCGGUGAUCGAGGAGGUGGGCGCCAAGCAGCUGGAGCAGCUGGUGGAGCAGCACGACUACGUGGCCGUCUUCUGGUACGGCCGUCGCUGUAAGAUCGACUGCGACGCUGUGCUGACCGAACUCGAAACGAUCGACGAUGACACGGACAAGUUCGGAGUGCAGUUUGUCAAAAUCAACGACAAGAAGCUGGCCAAGAAGUACGGCAUCUCUGAGUUCCCGGCGCUCACCUACUUCAGGAACAAGGAGCCCAUCAAAUACGAGGGUGACCUGAUGAACGAGGAUGAAGUGCUGGAGUUUCUCACCAGUCUGGACGCCAUGGAGCUCCCAGACCAGAUCGAGGAGGUCAACGCCAAAAUCCUGGAUAAAAUUGUCGAGGAACAGCCCUACGUGGCCGUCUUUUUCUGUCCGUCGGUAGAGAGCUGCCGACUGUCCGAGUACAAGUCGAGCUGCCGUAAGUGCGAGCGCGCGCUGAAGGAGCUGGAGAACAUUGACGACGAGGCCGACCAGCUGGGCAUCGCGUUCGUCAAGAUCAACGACGAGGCGCUGGCCGACGAGUACUCUCUGGACUCGCUGCCGACGCUCGUCUACUACCGGAACCGGAUUCCCAUCGUUUACGACGGCGACCUGACGAAGGAGGAGGACGUGCUGGACUGGCUGGUGCAGAACAAGUCCACCGGAGACGACGACGACGAGAUCGAGGACGUCAGCGAGACCAUGCUGGAGGCCAUGAUCGACUCGGUCGACUACCUGGCCGUCCUCUUCUACCAGGAGGACGACGAGGACUCGGAGGCGGCGCUGGCCGAGCUGGAGAACAUCGACGACGAGUGCGACGACCGCGGCAUCCACUUCGUCAAGACAGAUGACGAGGACGCGGCCAGGUCCUACGGCAUCGAGGAGUUCCCCACGCUCGUCUACUUCGAGAAGGAGAUCCCAAACAUCUACGAUGGUGACCUCACCGAUGAGGACGAGGUACUAGCCUGGCUGAUCCACCAGCUCGAGUCGGACGAGAUCGAGGACGUGACGGACGAGAUGCUCGACAAGCUCAUCAAGGAGGAGAGCCAUGUGGCCGUCCUCUUCUACGAUGAGAACGACAAGAAGUCGCAGCGCGUGCUGGUCGAGCUGGAGAACAUUGACGACGAGUGCGACAAGAACCGGAUCGUCUUCGUCAAGAUCGACAACGACGACGAGGCGAAGGAGUACGGCAUCGAGGAGACGCCGACACUGGUCUACUUCGAGGACGGCGUGCCCAGCGUCUACGAUGGCGACCUGAUGAAGGAGGAGGAGGUGCUGGCCUGGCUGCUGGACCAGGUCGAGAACGAGAUGAUCGAGGACGUCACCGAUGAGAUGCUCGACAAGCUGAUUGACGGCACCGGGCACCUGGCUGCGCUGUUCUCGGAACACGAUGAUGUGACUGUACUGUUCUAUGACAAGGGCCAGAAGAAGUCGCAGAAGGUGCUGGUCGAGCUGGAGAACAUUGACGACGAGUGUGACGAGCACGGCAUCGUCUUCGUCAAGAUCGACAACACGGAGGAGGCGAUCGAAUACGGCAUCGAGCAGCUGCCGACACUGGUCUACUUCGAGAACGAGAUCCCCAGCAUCUAUGACGGUGACCUGAUGAACGAGGAGGAGGUGCUGGCCUGGCUAGUGCGCCAGGUCUCCUCGGACGAGAUCGAGGACGUGACGGACGAGAUGCUGGACAAGAUCAUCGAGAGGAACCCCUACGUGGCGGCCGUAUUCUGGGACGACAAGGAUGACAAGCAGGACCUGAACACGCUGGUCGAGCUGGAAAACAUCGACGACGAGUGCGACAAGCACGGCAUCGUCUUCGUCAAGAUCGACAACGACGAGGAAGCCAAGGAGUACGGCAUCGAGGAGCUACCGACGCUGGUCUACUUCGAGAACCAGAUCCCCAGCAUCUAUGAAGGUGAUCUGAACGACGAGAACCAGGUGCUGGAGUGGCUGGUGGAGCAGAAGGAGUCUUCCACCAUCGAGGAGGUCACUGAUGAGAUCCUGGACGACCUCGUCAAGGAUCACGGCUACGUCGCCGUCUACUACAUCGGCGGUCCAUGCAAGAAGGGCGACCAGUGCAGCCGGCUGCUGGACGAGUUAGAGAACAUUGACGACGAGACGGACGAGCACGGCAUCAUCUUCGUCACCACCGAGGACACCGGCUUCGCCAAGAGCUCGGCGGGCAUCAAAAAGUUCCCCGCACUCGUCUUGUACAAGAAUGGUCACCCUCUGGCCUAUCCGGGUAAGAUCGCAGACGAGGAGGCCGUGCUGAAGUGGCUGACGGACGACAAGACUCUGGAGCUGCCCGACCAGAUCGAGGAGGUCAACGGACGCAUGCUCAAGAAGUUCAUCGACGAUGACAGUGACGACGUUGUCGCCUUCUUCUACAAGAAGAAGGACAAGAACGCGGAUGCGAUCCUGGCGGAGCUGGAGCACAUUGACGACGACACGGAGAGGGCCGGUAUCACGUUCGUCAAGUGCUCCGACUCGCUGGCCGCCAAGCAGUACCAGGUCACCCGGCCGGCCAUCGUCUUCUUCCACAAUGACAAGCCGGUCGUCUACAAAGGCGAUCUGAAGGACGAGGACAAGCUGCUCGAGUGGCUGAUGGAGAUGAAGGACACGGUCGCCGAUGACGUCAUCGAGGAGGUCAAGGGCGCCCAGCUGCAGAAGAUGGUCGACGAGCUCGACUACCUGGUCGUCUUCUUCUAUGACGAGAAGUGUAAGAACUGUGACGCCAUCCUGGCCGAGCUGGAGAACAUUGACGACGAGGCUGACGACGCCGGCAUCCACUUCGUCAAGACCAUGGACACGGCGUUCGCCAAGAGCCUGGGCAUCCACACGUUCCCCACGGUGGUCUACUUUGAGGACUCGGUCCCGAUCGUCUACAACGGUGAUCUAAAGAAAGAAGAAGCCGUGCUACAGUGGGUUUUGACCCAAAAAAGCGACUCCGACACCACAGCCACAGCGCCCUUCUCGAAGGAGCAGUGUUUCUCGAUGAAGGUGGACGGCGGCAACGCUUACCAAUGCUGCCCGCCGCCGGACAGACGGCAAGGCGAACUCACGGACGAAAAUUCGGUCCUAGACUGGGCCAUCAAAGUGAAAGAUGACGACUCCAUUGAAGAGAUUGAUCGCCCUACCCUCUUGUCCCUGAUCGACAGCGAGGACUAUUUAGCCGUCUAUUUUUACGUAGAUAACUCUGAGAGUUCCAGUGUGCUCAAAUACAUGGAAAUGAUUGAUGACGAGGCAGCCGAGUACGGAAUCCGGUUCGUGAAAAUCAACGACAAACUGAUGGCCAAGAAGUACGGCUUCCGCGACCCGCCCGGCCUGGCCUACUUCAGGAAGGGAAAGCACAUCAAGUUUGACGGUGAUCUUUACGACGAGGAGGAAAUUCUCGACUGGCUAACGAACCCCGAUAAUAUGGAGCUCACCGACGCGAUCGAGAAGAUCAACCGCAAAAUGUUCGCCCGCCUGGUGGAGCGAACCGACCACUAUUUCGCCGUGUUCUUCUACACCGAGAAGAAUUGUAAGCAGUGUGAGAAGGUACUGCAGGAGCUGGAGCACAUUGACGACGAGGCGGGCGCGGCCGGCAUCGACUUCGUCAAGAUCGACGACAUGGAGCUGGCGCGGCAAUACGGCGUGUUCGCGCUGCCUGCCGUGGUGCUCUUCCGCGGCGACGAGGCUGACCCAGUCAUCUACGCCGGUGACCUGAAGAACGAGGAGCGGAUCCUGGAGUGGCUGCUGGUCGAGAAGAACCCCGGCUCGGAGGUGAUCGAAGAGCUCUCCGGCCAGGAGCUGCAGAAACAGAUCGACAUCUCAGACGCCAUCGCCGUCUACUUUUGGAACGCUUCAGUCUGCGACGGCUGUGACAUGCAGCAGCUGGACAAAUAUCUAGCGGCUCUGUACAAAUCCCCCGCUCCUGCCAAACUCGACCGUAAGGCGGCGCCGGCCGCCGGGCCAGAUGACGACCAAAACGAUGACGAUGAUGAGGAAACUCCGGACUGUGAGCCGGUAGACGAUGAUGAAGAGCCAGCUGAAGCGGCCGCUGAAGAGGCUGACGACAACGACUCGUGCGCCGACUGCGCCAUCAUUCUGCAGGAGCUGGAGAAUAUUGACGACGACACCGACCGGCACGGCAUCAAGUUCGUCAAGACACAGGAUAUGGAGAUGGCCAACUCGUUCGGCGUGACAGAGUUCCCCGCACUUAUCUACUUCGAGAAACAAACGCCUAGCGUCUUCGAAGGCGACCUCCGAGCCGAGGAGGACGUGCUCCAGUGGCUGGUCCUGCAGAAGACCGAGGACAGGAUCGAGACCGUGAACCGGGGCGUGCUGGAGCAGAUGUUGGAGGACACCCAGUACCUCGCCGUCUUCUUCUACAAGCCGAACUGCAAGGCGUGCGACGUGGCGCUGUCUGAGCUGGAGACGAUUGACGACGAGUGCGACCUCUACGGCAUCCACAUGGUCAAGAUCCAGGACCCGCAGCUGGCCAAGCGCUACGGCAUCAAGACUCUGCCGGCGCUAGUCUAUUUCCGGAACGGAAACCCGCUCAUCUACGAGGGAGACCCUCGGAACGCCGCCGGUGUGCUCGAGUGGCUGCUGGAUGACGAGAACCGAGAGCUGGUCGGCGAGAUCGAGGAGAUCAACGCGCGCAUGCUGGAGCGCCUGCUGGACGAGUCGCCGUUCGUGGCCGUCUUCUUCUCCGGCGGAAAGGACCUCUAUGACGAGGAGUGUAGUGACUGCGGAGCCAUCCUGGAGGAGCUUGAGAACAUCGACGACGAGGCUGACAUGUAUGGCAUUGACUUUGUGAAGAUCAGUGACGAGGAGGCAGCCCAGAAGUACCACAUCUUACACACGCCGGCGCUCGUCUACUUCAGGAAGAGGAUCCCCAUCAUCUAUGAAGGUGACAUGACCGACGACGAGAAGGUGCUCUCGUGGCUGACCUCUCAGGACGUGUUGGAGAUCAAAGACGAAAUCGAGGAGGUCAACCGCAAGAUGCUGGACAAACUGCUCGACGAGAACGACUUCGUCGCCGUCUACUUCUAUGAGAACGACUGUCCGCGCUGUGACGAGGUUCUCACCGAGCUGGAGACCAUCGACGACGAGGCCGACAACCUCGACAUCACCUUCGUCAAGAUCAGAGACACUCGCUACGCCAAAAAGUACGGCAUCAGCAAGCUGCCGGCCAUGGUGUAUUUCAGAAGGCGCUUCCCCAGCAUCUACAGAGGCGACCUGCUGAACGAGACGGAGGUACUCGACUGGCUGCAGAAGAACCGCUACAAGCACCCGGAGCUCAACCUGUUCAUGUACGCCAUCGGCGCCGUGUCAGUGGCCUUUGUCGGCUACACCACGUUCCUGGUGUUCUGUUUCCAUGGCAACCAGCAGAAGGCGGCGUGAGACGCUCCACGGUCGUCUGACAGCGGUGAGCGGAGCGGGCCGUGUAGUUGGAUGAGCCCCGAUACAGCCGCGGCCGGCCACCACUGAACUGAACUGUCCCAAACUCGGCAGGCCGCCCGCCGGUCCCGGACUAUGACCCAUAGUGGCAAUCGUGAGACGCCGUGGCGCGGCUGGACACUGACCGAGUGGUCGGCGCAAUACUGCCUUCUGCGAUAUCAGUGAGGCGCCCAACACAACUAUCGUCCCCGUCUUCCAUUUGGACGACAUUGACAAUUGAGUCCCGCCUUUUCCGACAUCUGAGGCAUCCGUCUGAAUCAUGAGUGCGCUCCAGUGGACAUCAACACGACUUGUUUCAGCUUCGAUUGGAGAUGGACAGUCGAACGGAGCCAUUGCCCAAAGACGCUCUCAGAGUUAACUGUUCAUGUGAUACAAAACGUCCUAGUCGAUCGUGUAUGUGUGCGCGUGUGUUCCCAUGCGACCGAGUGUGCGGCGCAUAGGUGAGUGUGCAAUCAUCUCCGAUGGAGUCGUCAUCUUCGUGCGUGCGAUUGUGUGUGCGUGUGUGUGAGCUGUGUGGAGCCGUCUGCGGCUCGCCGUUUUUUGUUCUUGUUUCCGGUUGUUGCCCGCGCUUGUGAGCGUGUGCACGGUCUGACCGGCCCCCGGACCGCCACGCCACGCUCUGCUUCGCUUGGUCCGACACAUUUUUUAACCGACUGACCGCUGCCCCGCGCCGUAGCUCUAACUCGCGUCCGUAGUGUGCUGCUCGCGGCGGCCGGAGUGCGACCGAACCCGUCCGCCCGCCGGCCGCCGCCCCUCGGCGCUCGCCGCCGGCCGGCCGGGCGCUCCGCCAGUGCCGGGACGCCAGUGACCGGCGCCGGCCCCGCCGCGCCCCUCAGGGUGACCUCAGGACACGGUGUGAGCUCCCGGCGGCCGGCGGCAGCGCCGCCCGGCGUCAGGGGCCGGGAGGGGCCGCCCGCCUGACCUGCGCCCCUCUCGCUCCGUCUCUCUUCCCCUCCGUCCCACAACGCGACUCCGACGCGACGUGGGCGUCGCCUGUUGAACGAGCCGUGCCCGACGCUGGCUCAUUUGUUUGUUCCAUUGCAAGUGCUUUGUAACUUGUCAACAAAAGACGGGGAGGAAUACACGAUGGUUUUGGCA